CUGACAUUUUAAUUCUCGAUUCGCCGGUGAGUUUACGUUCUGGGAUUAAUACGUCAUUGAUACGACAGCUGCUCAGUUUGUUUGUGGUGACCUGACCGGUCAACCACUUGGUUGGAGGAUGAGAUGCUACUUUCACAAUACGUCGCCAAGGUGUGUGUGAUGUUUUCCUUUUUUUGCAACAGCCAUCCCAUCCUGAAAACAGCAUGCUCGACUGCUGUCCCGUUAAACCAGGCUGCAUGGCAGACACUCAUUAGGCGAGAACGUCAAUCUACCAGAGGACAUUUUUGAAGGUGCGUCGCAUAGUUUAGCCUGUGAGGAAACUUGGGAGCAUAAAGUGCAACGCUUCGUUGAAGAUCAAUUGUUCUUUCCGUGACAGGUCGAGCGUGACGGAUUCUCAUUCGCUGUCCAUGGUACAGACGUUUUAGGCUACAUCUUUGCACAGUUGCCAUCCUUGCGGUAUGCAAGGAUACCGGUACGGUAAACUGUUACAUUGAUUUAGGAAAUGGAACCCUGAAAAUGAUGACGCUAUAUUGAUCUGCCAAAUUCCUCUAUGUAUUAUGAUGUUUUUCUCUUCGUUAAUGUGAGAUAGUAUUCUCAUGCACCGGCGAAACGUUUCACCUUGCGACGAAUGAAAGGUUGAUGGAUCAGAUGCAGCGGGAACAAAGUACCUCAGACACUACAAUACAAUCUGGACAGCCUGUGCAGAAUACACAUGGGCGACAAACGGCCCACAUAGCCCCCGUUGUCAGCCCCACAGGAGCUUGGGGGGAAAUCCCUGGUGUGAGUUCAAUGCAGGCUGCAGGUUUAUACUCCCAGGUGUCAGACCACGUGCAAUCAGAGCUGGUGAAUCCAGGGUCCACUUCUGCUCUGCAACUUAAUAUCAGUCGCCCAAGGCCUACUGCACUGGGGAACAAACUUGCAGGGAAGACCUCCAGAAUCCCUGAAGCUUAUGUCAAGGAGGAGGCUUCCAUCCCAGCUUUUGUUACAGAUCUACAUAGCCCAAUCUCCCAGUUGGCCUCUCAGCUGCCUCACAGCCCUCAGAGUCCUCUCAGCCGUCAGCCUUACUCUGUACAGCCUUACCUAAGCCCUCAGGCAAACCUGGCUCAGCCUCCUCCUAACCCUACCCCACCAUCUAGUCUCAGUCCCAAAUCAAGACUAAGUCCUCAGCCACAGAAGAAAGUUGGAGGGGCAUCAGUGGAGAACCAACCACAGGCUGACAAGACAUGCAAGGAAUCAGAGGGCUUCAAGAUCCACAUUGUGACAUGGAACGUAGGUUCCGCCGUGCCCCCAGAUGACAUUACUUCCCUGUUUGGGCCAAGCGCUGCUGACUGUAGCGUAGACAUGUUUAUCAUUGGGCUACAGGAAGUGAACUCCAUGAUAAACAAGCGUUUGAAGGAUGCCCUUUUCACAGAUCAGUGGAGUGAGCUCUGUAUGGACACACUUAGUUGCUAUGGAUAUGUGCUGGUGGCCUCCCAGCGUAUGCAGGGGGUGCUGUUGCUGGUCUUCUCUAAAUUCUGCCAUCUUCCAUUCCUGCAAGGUGUGCAGACAGAGAGCACACGCACCGGUCUUGGGGGAUACUGGGGAAAUAAGGGGGGUGUCAGUGCGAGGAUGGCAAUGUUCGGACACCCAGUGUGCUUCCUCAACUGUCACCUGCCAGCUCAUAUGCGGAACCUGGAGCAGCGUAUGGAGGACUUUGAGAGUAUCCUGCAGCAGCAGCAGUUUGAGGGCGGCACUGCCACCGGUGUGCUGGACCAUGAUGUGGUGUUCUGGUUUGGGGACCUUAACUUCCGUAUCGAAGACUAUGACAUUCACGUGGUAAAGAGUGCUAUUGAUAGCAAUAAACUCCCCCUGCUGUGGGAGAGAGACCAGCUCAACAUGGCAAAAAACUGUGAAUCUAUCUUGGAGGGAUUUAACGAAGGUCCUCUAAAUUUCCCACCAACGUAUAAGUUUGAUGUGGGGACACAUACAUAUGACACCAGUGGAAAGAAGAGGAAGCCUGCUUGGACAGACCGUAUCCUCUGGCGCCGGCGUCGCACUGGAUCCCCUGUGCCUUCCCACAAUGCUGCUCUUCAGCGUGGCCUGACCUUAUGGCUGGGUGGGGCUACAAGGGUGACGCACCUUGCCUACCGCAGUCACAUGGGCUACACCAUCAGCGACCAUAAGCCAGUCUCCGCCCUUUUCGCAUUACAUUUCCCUUUUAGGGUGGACAUUCCCCUGGUGGCAUUCGAGAAGGUUGACAGGGAAUGGACUAACGCUUCUGAAGCUACAGUCAGGUUCACUGUGGCAUCAACCUACCAACGCAGCUCAUGGGACUGGGUAGCCAUAUAUAAGCUUGGAUUUAAACACCAUAAGGACUAUGUAGCCUAUGUGUGGGCUAAGGGAGAACAUCUGACACAGGUGAUAUUUGCAGAGGAAGACUUACCCAGGGAUGCUGGGGAGUACAUACUUGGUUACUACAGCAACAACAUGAACAGUAUAGUUGGAGUGACAUCGGCCUUCAAGAUCCAGAUCCCAGUACGCAGCCCAACGGUGUUUUGCUCAGACAGCUCAGAUGCCAGCUCAGAGGAUGACAGCACGCUAGUCUUGCUCGCUCCAAACUCCCGCAGCCCCAGUCCUGGAACGGGCAAACACCGCCGCCACCGCCGUUGUCGCAGCCCUGCUGUGCCUACUCUCUCUACCACCCCUUUGUCAUCCCUACAGGGCCUUAGCCUGUGUCCUCACCCCAGAGAUGCCCACUCACACAGCCACUCCCCUUGCGCUGCAGCUAAGAAAGAGCACCUGAUGUCACCUGACCCACUGCCAUCGCCCUCCAUCAGCCCCCUUAGUCCGCGUAGCCCUGUCUCUCCAGGGGGUGGGGUCACAGCCCCAGAGGCCCUCAUUGCUGCCAUACUAGGGGAACACACCCCCAACAGGGGCAUCCCAGCAGGGAAGGUUGGAGAGACCAGUUUAUAAGAACAUAUACCAAGACAAGGUGUGUGUUUGUUAAAUUAUUGCAUUGCAAUUGAUACACAAUCCUAACACAGACAUUAAAGAUCAUAUGAUGAGAGAAUCAAGGGCUGUCCCAUAAAGUAUUAUGAUGCCGAUCUGACCUCACACUGUUGCUGUGCUAAUAAAGUUAUGGCUCACACUGCAGUUUGCAACAUUCUAUUUGAUAGUCUGCCAGUCAUCGGUCUUUCUGAAACAUCUACCGUGACUGCUCACAGUGACUGCAUCCCAGAAACACUGUAGUUUGGAGACAGGUUAUGACAGAUUACAAACAUUCAACAUCUAUGUGUUGUACCCCCAGUGCUUUUACUGACUUAUCUAUAUGUAGACAUGUUGUUACAUGUACAACCAAAGCUGGAUGGUACCUUUGUUAUUCAUGUGAGAAAGGGUAUUUGUUUUAAUACAUUCAGACUGGAUCUGAAUCACAUUAGUAAAGGCAUAUUUCAUUAAAAAAAGUAUUCUGUCACAUUAUUUCUGUGUUCCUCUGUAUUGUCAGUUAUAUAGGUGCGGUACUUGAAGUGGAUAAAUAUGUACUACGUUUUAUCAAUUUCUCAAUGUUUGAAAUGAUGUCAAUACUUUUGUAAGUUCCCUUAUAUUGUGAAAUAUACUACGUCUUGAAGUGAAGAA